AUAAAUAUAAUUUUUAAUAACAUUUUCAAAAGGCGAUCAGAUAAAAAUUUGAUAUUGAAAAAUAUAUUUUGAAUUUUAAAAACAUUUCAAUAAUUACCCCUCUCCUCUAAAAAUCAGCAAUGAAGUUUUUAACAAAAAUGUUUGUUCAGAAGUUUAAAACCAAUUUGCGUUUGAGUUUGAGCAGAAAUGAAAUCAGCAGCACCAUAACACACGCAUCGCGGCUGAUCUGCCAAAAUAUUAUUGGGUGAUUCCAUCUCUUUGAAGCACCCCUCUUUGCCAUGGCGGUCAAAACAAUUUGAUCUCUCUCUCUCUCUCUCUCUCUCUCUCUCUCUCUCUCUCUCGCUUUCAUAUUGCUGAUUCUUGAAUUUUUUCUGAUACGAUCGGAGCCGGCGUCUGAUCUCUUUUAACUCUACUGUACCUAAAUCAAAGUUUUACCAUACUUUACCUUGCGAUUGAAUCUAUGGAGAAGCCGACAGUUGGUGGCGGUGGCGAGGCCAAAAGCUCUGCCACCACCACCGCCACUAGCACCGCCGAGGCUAGGGAAGAACGAAACCCUAAUUCAGAUCAAUCUGUUGAAGCCUCUGUAGAACAAGAACAAGAACCUGGAUCGAACGGGGUUCCAUCCCGCCAGUCCAGCAGAACCCCCUUCACUAACCUUAGUCAAGUCGAUGCCGACCUUGCUCUUGCCCGUACCCUACAGGAACAGGAAAGGGCUUAUAUGAUGCUAAGAAUGAAUGGUGAAGGGAGUGAUUAUGGGAGCUGGGAAACUGGAAGUUAUGCACAUGAGGAUGAGGAUGAUUUUGGUGAACCCAAUGAUGGUACUGAUGCUGAUGACAAUGAAGAUGGGUAUGAUGGCACUGAUGAAGAUAAUGAUGACGAAGAUGUAUUCGAUGUGCAUGCUCAUGCUGAUGCUGGAGAGGAUGCUAGCCUAACUGUUGAAUUCGAUCCCUCUGCCAUUUCAAGCGAUGAGGCCUAUGCUAGAGCUCUGCAAGAUGCUGAAGAUCGAGAAAUGGCUGCUAGGUUGUUGGCCUUUGCCCGGAUAAAUGAUCGGGAAGUUGAUGACAUAGAGGAUCAUGGUGGUCACUCUCAGGAUGUGUGGGAGGAAGUUGAUCCAGAUGAACUCUCUUAUGAGGAAUUGCUUGCAUUGAGUGAAGUAGUUGGAACUGAGAACCGAGGGCUCUCUGCUGAUAGAAUUGCCUCUUUACCUUCAGUAAACUACAAGACCCAAAGCAAUCAGGAUGGAAUUAAUGAUUCGUGCGUUAUUUGCCGGCUGGACUAUGAGGAAGGUGACACCUUGACUGUGCUUUCUUGCAAACAUUCAUACCAUGCAGAUUGCCUAAACAACUGGUUGCAAAUAAACAAGGUCUGCCCUGUUUGCAACACAGAGGUCUCCACUUCUGAAAAUCGGUUUUAGGCCCUGUGCAAUGGUUGCAUACUCUCAACCACCACCCCCUCCCCCUUUCUCUUCUGCAGAUGAUGCUGCAUUUGGGAAUUCUAUGGAAUUUUUUUUUUUGGGUUCAUGGAAAUUGUGUUCUCUUCCAGUAGUUUGGAAGAACUGCAUUGCAGCUUCAUGCAUUGGUCUGCUAUAUUUGCCAUACUGCAACUGGUUUAAUAUCUUUAUAUAUUAUUGGCACCAUUCUUACCGAAUAGUCAAUAACUAUAGCCAGAUUCUGUGAAA